AUGCAGUCCUUGCGUCGAGGGUCGGCUGCGCACCACUCCUCACUCCUCCUCCCUUUGUUCGGCCACCGCUACCUUUUUAACCCUCCACUUGGACGUCUGGGGCCCAGCCCCUCUCUUUGGACAGGAUCCCCUGAUGUUGGGUCGGCCUUUUGUGUCUGGGGCUGCCUUGCGCUUGUCCGCGACACCUCUGCGGACAAGCUCUUGGCUUGUGCCAUCCCCUGUGUCUUCCUUGGUUUCCCGGUGGACUCGUCCAACUACACCUUUUACCACCCGCCCCUCCACUGGUUCCUAGACUCCCGUGACAUCCGGUUUGACGAGUCCGUGUCCUACUACACCCAGUACCCCUGUCGAGGUCUCCCAGUCCCCCCUCCUCCUCUUUACCUUGCACCCUCUCCUCCUCCUGCUCCCGCUUCUCCGGUACCCCCGCCCCCUCCUGGUCCUGCCCUGUCUGGUGUGUCUCAUGCUACCCCUCUACCCUUGGUCGCGCAUCAGGUAGCGUCUCCCUCCCUGCAGUCCUCCUCACAGUCCCCCCAGCAGCCGUCGACACGUUCGCGACAGGUUACUGUGGACUCAGGGGGUGCUGGAGCUGGAGGUGCUGGAGCUGGAGGUGCUACCACUGGAGGUGCUCGGCCUGGGGGUGCUUGUUUGAGGGGUGCUGGAGCUAGAGGUGCUGGCACUGGAGGUGCUAGUUUUGGGGGUGCUGGAGCUGGAGGUGUUGGGACUAGUGGCGCUAGUUUUGAGGGUGCUGGAGCUGGCGGGGCUAGUUCAGAGGAGACUGGCACUGGAGGCACUACUACUACGCCUCCCACCGCCACGACACACCUGCAGCAAUUGGACUUGCGGGAGCAGCAGGAGGAGGAGCAGGAGGAGGAGGAGGAGGAGCAGCAGCAGCAACAGCAGCAGCAGCAGCAACAGGAGCAGCAGCACCAGCAGCAGCAGCAGCAGCAACCGUCGCAGUAG